GGUCCACUCCCCCGCUAUUUGGUAAAACGUGUAUUUUAAUUAUCAAUCUUCAACCAUAUGUAGGUAUGGCCUAAUAUAGUCACACUAUAUAUAGUCUUGAUUUCGGUUAGAACUGUUGAAAUUUGUGAAAAUGAGCUUUAAAACGCAACCCAAAGGAUUCGCAACCAAAUCCAUUCAUGCCGGCCAAGAUCCGGAACAGUGGAAAUGUAAUGCUGUUAUCCCAUUGAUAUCUUUAAGCACAACUUUUAAACAAGAUGGACCAGGAGAACAUAGAGGCUAUGAAUAUUCACGUAGUGGAAAUCCAACCCGAAAUGUGCUGGAAGAAUGUUUGGCUGCCCUCGAUAAUGCCAAAUAUGGAUUGACAUUUUCAUCGGGAUUGGGCGCGACUACUGUCGUCCUGACUAUGUUGAAUGCGGGUGAUCAUAUUAUUAUGGGAGACGAUGUUUAUGGUGGAACCAAUAGGUUGAUAAGGCAGGUAGCUUCUCGUUUAGGGUUAUCUGCUUCAUUUGUCGAUCCCACGAAUUUGGAUGGACUAAGAAAUGCAUUCAAACCAGAGACAAAGCUUGUUUGGAUUGAGUCACCCACGAACCCUUUGAUUAAAAUUGCGGAUAUUAAAGCCAUAAGCAACAUCUGUCGCCAGGUUGGAGAUCAUAUCACACUGGCCGUGGACAAUACGUUCUUGACAUCCUAUUUCCAAAGGCCUCUGGAGUUGGGUGCGGAUUUGGUUUGCUAUUCGCUAACAAAGUAUAUGAAUGGACACACUGACGUGGUCAUGGGUGGCAUCACAAUGAAUUCCGAAAAGCUUUACGAAAAGCUAAAGUUCCUACAGAAUGCUGUUGGAAUUGUUCCCUCCCCCUUCGAUUGCUAUCAGGUAAAUCGCAGUCUUAAGACUCUUGCCCUACGUAUGGAACAACAUCAAAAGAAUGCCAUUGCCGUGGCCAAAUUUCUGGAAUCCCAUUCGUUUGUGGAGAAGGUACUUCACCCGGCUCUACCUUCACAUCCUCAGCAUAAGAUUGCCCUGCAGCAGACAUAUGGCUACAGUGGAGUUUUUUCAUUCUACAUUAAAGGCGAAUUGAAACAUUCUACUGCUUUCCUAAAGGCUCUGAAAAUUUUCACCCUAGCCGAGAGUCUGGGAGGUUAUGAAAGUUUAGCCGAAUUGCCAUCUGUCAUGACACAUGCAUCCGUUCCAGCUGAGGAUAGAAAAACAUUGGGAAUCUCUGAUGCACUUAUCCGUUUAUCUGUCGGUCUGGAGGAUGCUGAAGAUUUGAUAAAUGACCUUAAGCUAGCUCUGGAGAUUGCAGAAAAAGCUUAAAAAUUGUCCAUGUAUUUCUGUAACCAUAUAAUGGAAUAAACGGGUUUAAAAUAGUAUAA